AUGUCGCUAUGCCGACACUAUGUCCGCGGUCUUCACCGUAGUGUGCUAGCAGAAACACCCGAGCUGGAGAAGAGUGGCAGCAAGCGUAGUUCGCAAGCCCUGGACCACUACGAUGAUAGCGUCAUGGCCGGCCCCAGCGCUGACAAGGACACUCGCGUGUCUGCCUUUUUGCGCGGCGACAACGGCAGCAUGCACUCGCCGAGCCAAUCUCUUGGUAGCAACAACUUUGAUCAACAAAACAAUCGCCGGAGCAUGGUCGACAGCACUCAAGACACCAGCCCAUACACCCAGGAUCAGUCUCCUACCGGUACUACCGUUUCCAGACAAGACAUCCGUGCCAGCGCUGAGAAGAUCCUGUACACGUACCUGCUGCAAGGCUCGGAACGUGAGAUUAUCAUCCCCGUCGGCAUCCUUGAGCAGGUCACCGACUCCAUCGAGAACCAAGGCCGCGACGACCCAGAAGUCUUUGACAAUGCAAAGGACUACGUCUUCCAAGCCAUGGAGCGUGAUGCCUUCCCGGGCUUCCUCCGCGCAAAGGCUCUGGGCAACAUAGUACAGCCCAGCAUGAUGUUGAGACUGGUCAUUGGUCUGGUGGCUUUGUUUGCUGCCAUCUGGACUGCUUUUGUCCUCAUCUUCCUCGACAUGAGCAGAAGCACAAGAUGCUGGGUAUGUCGACUUUCUUUCUCCCAUUUAUGCCCCCUACUAAUUCAAUUUCAGAUCAUCUUGCCAUUCACCGUCGCCAUCUACUUCCUCGUCUCACACCAGUACAUGCUCGAUCCCAUCCAGGCGCUUCUGGGCUACUCGGAGUACACUUUUGCCAAUUACUUCAAGGUCAAGGAAAACUUUGUCCACCGCCUACUUACACGUCGUACCAUGAUGUGUCUUAUGUGGAUUGCCAUCAUCGAUGCUGCCGUCUGUUGUCUCUUCAUCUUCGUCCCUGGCAAGAGACUGUGA